AUGAAUGAAGAGCAGCGAAUAAACGUGUGCAAGACAAGUCUUAAUCAGAUCUACACCAUGUUGCGCACAUCCCCUCAAGACUGGCGGAACUACCUCACACUGGCUAGGACCAUCAUCACUCACCUCGAUACCACCACCUUUAUGCAGAGAUCCGAUCGAACAUCAGAGCAAGUGUGGGUGAUAGCUGCCAUGCAGCGCUUGGCUUUCAUGGACGCAGAUAGCGGCGCCGUGAUCGAUGUCGCAUCGUGGUGCGCACGGCAAUGGCUUGUUAUCAAUCAACGUGAGCCAGGCAACCUUGCCGCUUUGAGAGGAAUCGGCCAGGUCUGGUUAUUGAGGGCGCAGCCAACGCUGGCUAAGAUUCAUCGGGUUGAGGGACACUCAUCGUCAAGCACGGCAUCUCAGCUUUCUAUUCGAUCAAGCAAUGAUUCCAUUUCAGCAGCUGAAGCAGAGCGACGUGCUGGAAGUGCCGACUACGUUGAAGCGAGAGGCUUUCUUCAGCCUGCAACAGAAUACCUUGAGCGUGCCAUUGCCGCAGCAACAUCACAACAGAAUGUGUCUGGCGAUCUUCUUGCCACAGCUGCAGAAGCAUACAUGUCUCUCGGAAAUACGUCAAGUCCCCGCAUAAAUCAACAGUACUUCAAGAGAGCAAUACAGUUGCUGCAAGCAGCUACGUCUAUACCGGGAUACACCUUGAGUCGAUAUUUGCAAUUGUAA